AUGCCUCCCCUCUCACCACACAAGCCACGAGGCUGUGAUAUGUUGCCACCGGAAAUCCGCGACCUCAUUGUACAAGCCCUGAUACAAGACGGCUGUACGCAGGCUCCCUUGCCUGCAGUGCUGACACCGUCUCGCCUCGCUGAUUUCCGUUCCAUAAUCCAGCGCAACCGGGCUCUCGUCGACUAUAUCUGGUUCUGCCUGGAACUCGAUGACUACGACUGCACGAAGUGCGCCCCUGGCCACAUGCCGAGCCCUGAUCUCGGCGAGUCGAUGAAGUCCAUUACCGUUACCGACACCGUCAAGGGUCCCAUCACGGCGUUGUUCGAAGAGCUGUUCUCAGUCCUCAGCACAUGGGAUCCAGUGGGCGAUCUGGUCCUUGAUAUCAGCAUCUACUCGCCGAGCGAUUCAGAGCAUUGGUUCAAAUAUUUGACCUUUUUGCCAGACUACCACGGGCAAACAAUCCCGACCAAGGUCUCUGAUGAUGCUGAACAUGGUUGGGUUGCUGGUUAUCAAGAAGACCCUACAUCAUGCCCGGCAUUCCUCAAGGUCUUCCAUGAGGUGAUGCUCGAAGGGCCGUUUGCCAGCCACCAGGCAGAGUGUGCAUGGUGGGAUCGGCUCCCGUCAGUCCCAGCGGUGACCAGCGUGCUGCUACGACAACAAAACCGCCGGCGGUGGAAACCUCAAGUGCUCCCGCACAUGUUCGCCCGGUUCCCUAGGCUGGAGGAAGUUCACUAUGAGCCCUGGCGGGAAUGGAACUCGAUUCAGAAGUCGACUGACAAUUCUUUCCUUGUCUUGUUCGCGUUCAUCCGGCGCUUCAACAUUCCUCUGAAGAAGCUCGUGGUCUUCGAGAAUUUUAAUCAGCAAUACCCGACCAUGAUGCAAGACCUCCUGUACACUCACAGCUUCCGCCAACCUAACCCAGCCGUGGGCCGGAUGGUCGCCCUUGCCAGUUUACACCUCGAGCACCUUGCCGCAUCCUUCCUGGUCGAUGCUUGGGAUAUCUUCACCACCGAGACAACCCGGGAGUGGCCGAGCCUAACAUCGCUCGUGCUCACCUCCAAGGUGCUGAGGCCGGAUGAGGAUCCCGUCCAGAUCACAGCCAUGCUUCAUGCUGCCGCAGGCGCGGCCAUGAGAAUGCCGCGACUGGAAAGCAUGGAGAUCUGGCACGGGAGGAAGGGGCUGGCGGUAGUCUUCCGGUAUCGGGUCGUGCGCAGUGCUCGACAUGCCACCAUUACCUGGAGAGCCACCUGGGGACUGACCAUGAGUGCCUCCUUGAUCCGGGAUUGGAAAGCUGUCGUACAUCGCCGGUAUGACGAUACCUGGAGUCUCGGCGUGGUGCAAGAACGACUGGAUCCCGUGACGAUCGCAUCCCACGGUGAUGCGAUUCUUAGCCUGAAGCUUUCCGGUGAAGUCAUUCGACCUGUCUCUUUACAGCAGAUCCGAAUGGAGCAGAAGGCUUUGGAGGGCGUAAAGACCGUGUAA